ACUUCAACAACAUAACUUAUUUCGAACACCGAUAAUCCGAUGUAACCGUUAUUUCGAAGUAUUUUUCCGUUCCCGAUUUUGGUUCUUCUUUGUUUAUUGUAAAAUUUCAUUGUUAAUCCGAACUUCGUUAAACCGAAAAAAUCGUUAAUUCGAAGUGAUUUUGUCGGUCCCAACACUAUAAUUCGCACCUAAUCAUCAGUCUUUAAUCCGAAGUCAAAGCUGCAAAACGCUGAACAUAAUUUCACACCUUUGUCGUCUGGGCGUGGCGCGUCAGAAGCUGAUAAUUACACCUUUGUCGACUGCGCGUAGCGUGUUAAUAUUAUAAUGUCGUCAAAAGCCGAUAAUUACUAAUUAUGUAGUUUUGCAUUAUUUAGUAACAAAUAAACGUGUUACGUUAGGUCUGAGUAAAUGUGGUCCAAUGAAAUUCAUCUUAUAUACACUCUACCCUCUGCGAGCAAAACACGGACGGAACAGUGUUAAUGAAAGAGGGGAUCACAUGGUUGACUACAGCAUUGCGGAUAAUUGCACCCAGCACUUCGAAGAAUACAUCGAAGGAAAUGAUAUUCACAAUAGCCAUUCAAUUGUCAUUGAACAGGCUGACAGAGGAAAGUUUACUGAAAAUCAUGAGGACCAUUUGUCACAUAAUUCUGUCAUUGUGAUGUCAUCAGAAGUGGGAGGGGAAGGUUUUAUGGUGGAGAACACGGAAGAUGACGUAGAGCUCGGGGAGAUUGAGUACAUUCAGGAUGGGGACAUUAUCACCAUAUCAGAGGGUAACACCAGCUCUUCCUUCACUCACAUUGUAUCAAAAUCACAAUAUGAAAACAUCUGCAACACUACAACCACGCAUGGUUACCAAAUGACCAGUGAUAGUAAACAUGGUAACUACAUCACAUCUGAAGUUAACCAAAUAAUUAUUGAUUGUAACCAAGCAACAACUGAGAGUAACCAUGCAACAUAUGCUGGUUACCAAAUUACCUCAGAUGGUCACCAGGCAACAGCUGAGAGUAACCAUGCAACCAAUGUUGGUUACCAAGUUACCAUAGAUGGUAACCAAGCAACAAGCAAUUGUAACCAAUCAAACACGAACAGUAACUUGGCAGCCCUUGAAACUAGCAUGGUGACCACUAACUGGACACAUGGUGUGAUCAUUGACAAUGCUGGUCCAGAAAAUCAUGCGUGUGAUGAUGGCAGUGGAUAUCUCGACGGUGAAACCCUGCAUGUGAGUCUGAAAGGUGGUACUGGUCAGUCACUGACCCUGAUUAACAAGCGCAGGCUGGAACAGAUGACCCAGGGAUCUGAAGUCUUGGUCGUGGAACCCAAGAAGAGCAGCCACCAGUGUUACAUCUGUCAAGCCGAGUUCACGCAGAUCACAGAGCUGUACCGACACCGUGUUACCCACAAUGAGGCCGCAAGCUCCAUGUUCAAAUGUAACACGUGCAAUUUGACCUUCAGAGAGCCGCUUGAUCUUGAGAAACAUCGGCAGCUGCAUCUCGACCGCAGGGUAUACAAAUGCUGUAUCUGCCAAGACACGUUUUCUGACCUCUACAAUUUCCGGUGUCAUCUGAGAAUACACGACAAGAUUGCCACCUACACCUGUGACAUGUGUCCCUUUAUGGUGUUUGGAGAGAGGAAGCAGUAUAUCAGCCACCUAGAGGACCAUGAGCUUGCCAAGGACUCGUACAUACCUGGACAUACCCUACGUCUCCCAUGCUUUGUAUGCAAGAAGGAUUUCCCUGACAGGGCUUCGCUGCGCAAACACCAAAACUACUACCACUCAGAGAAAUGCUUCAAGUGCGCGCUGUGUGGGAAAGCCUUCGUCGAGCGGGCAAAGCUACAGCGCCACCAAAUAACUCACACUGGCAAGAAAGAGUUCCAGUGUACGUACUGCGAUAAGUCAUUCGGGCUGAAGCACAAUCUCCUGGCGCAUAUGAACAUUCACACAAAGUACAAGCCUUGGGAAUGCAGCAUCUGUAGGCGGAAGUUUGGACAGAAAGUUUGCCUGAACCGGCAUUUGAAAGUGCACGAGGGGUUCUCGGUGGAAUAUUUGUAAACUGGUAGAGGCAAAAGCGAGUUACAUUGAUUACUUUAUACAGUGAAAAUAAUUCAUAAAUGGCAUUAGGACAUGAUCCUUUUAAACGGACCCUGUUUAGAUAAAGAAAACUGUCAAUAGAAGUUAAGUGAUUUUGGAUUUAAGAUUAACGCCUAGACUGGGUUUUUUAUUAGAAGAGACUUCCUUUAAACAAAUAAUACCAUUAAAGCGGAGUGUUGUCCCUAGUUAGCCUGUGCAGACUGCAGAGGCUACCCUUGGAAAACACUGACGCAAAUGCAUGAAGCCCCAUUUUCACAGAAUUGGCUUCACAUUCAUGAUUACUUAAACCAAAGUCUGAUUUUCUCCAUUGUUAUUUUUCUUGAUGAAAUAGGUUCUGUUCAGAUGAACAUUGUUCAAAAGCCUUUAACUUUAUUAACAAUUGAUAUCACAAAUUGCAGAUUUUUAUGUCCCCCACUAUAGUAGUGGGGGACAUAUUGUUUUUGCCCUGUCUGUUGGUCUGUUUGCGCCAACUUUAACAUUUUGCAAUAACUUUUGUUAUAUUGAAGAUAGAAACUUCAUAUUUGGCAUGUGUGUUUAUCUCAUGAAGCUGCACAUUUUGAGUGGUGAAAGGUCAAGGUCAAGGUCAUCCUUCAAGGUCAGAGGUCAAAUAUAUGUGGCCAAAAUCGCUCAUUUUAUGAAUACUUUUGCAAAAUUAAGAUAGCAACUUGAUAUUUGGCAUGUAUGUGUAUCUCAUGGAGCUGCACAUUUUGAGUGGUGAAAGGUCAAGGUCAUCCUUCAAGGUCAGAGAUCAAAUAUAUGUGGCCCAAAUCGCUUAUUUUAUAAAUACUUUUGCAAUAUUGAAGAUAGCAACUUGAUAUUUGGCAUGCAUGUGCAUCUCAUGGAGCUGCACAUUUUGAGUGGUGAAAGGUCAAGGUCACCCUUCAAGGUCAGAGGUCAAAUAUAUAUGGCCCAAAUCGCUUAUUUUAUGAAUACUUUUGCAAUAUUGAAGAUAGCAACUUGAUAUUUGGCAUGCAUGUGUAUAUCAUGGAGCUGCACAUUUUGAGUGGUGAAAGGUCAAGGUCAAAGUCAUCCUUCACAAGGUCAAGGUCAUCCUUCAAGGUCAAACGAACUAUAGGGGGACAUUGUGUUUCACAAACGCAUCUUGUGUUUCUUAGUGUUGAUGACGACUACAAGAUUGUAAUGUUAUGAAAUAUUUUUCCCAUUUGAGAUGACAUAUUAUAGAAUAUACUUUUCUCGAUUGAUAAUUUUUUCCCAAAUCCUCAAAUGCAUAAAAAUACAGACCUAAUUGUCAAUCUUGAAUGACUUAUUUGCCAAUUUAUAAUAACAUCAUUUAAAUAUCAAAUAGUACAAUUUAUCAUUCAUAACUGCCUUUUUGAAAUUUCUCAAAUACUAAGAUAUUGCAUGCAAUAUUCCUCAUUGAUUGGUAGGGGACUUGUUUUCCAUGGAGUAAUUCAAUAUCAAUUUAAAGUUAGCCUGAUAUUUGUUGUUGGCUUUAAAGCCCAUAAACACUCAAAAUCAACGAAUAUUUCGUACAAUAUUUUGAAAAAUAAAGUUGACACAAUAUAUCGUAUUCCAUGUGAAUUUCUGACUUCGAAAUAGUUUGCAAAAUAUUUGAUGUUUUUUUUAGUAUUUAUGUUACUUCAAACCAUGCAAUUGUUCUUGGGCCUAGCGAAAGAUAUUUUAUCAUGACAGUUUCACCUCACCUAAAUCUGAUUUGAUGACGACAUGAAAAGAAAGUUUGAAAUUGUGUUUAUAUAAUGUAAAAAUCAUGUUUAUAUUAUUACCAUCAAACAAAUUAGGAAUUGAAAACAGUUUGGAAAAUACAUGUAUUUGGGAAAUGGCUGAUUUGAAGCCAUUAUAAUGUUGUUUGUUGUUUUGUUAAAAGACUGUUGACAGAACUGCUCAAACAAAUGUUUGUAUUUUCUGUUCUGUAGUAAUUAUUAUUUAUGUUAUAUUCCUCUCCUGAUGUUUCUGAAGUUUGAUUUGACGUAACUUUUUCAGAGCUUUAUUUCAAAUAUAAUAUAAGAUUUAAGCAUUGGUGUAUAGAUAUCAAAGUGCAAUCUACAAGAACUAUAACCCUACACUUGCUUGUUAUUGCCCUUUAUUGUUUUUGUUUGAUGUAACUUUUCAGUGCUAUAUCUCAGAUACUAUACACAAUUGCAGCAUGAAACACGUUGUCAACCAGUAUAAGACGCUGUAAGUCUUUAUAACACGUUGUCAACCAGUAUUUGCGCUGUCAGUCGCUAUAACACGUUGUCAACCAGUAUAAGGCGCUGUCAGUCGCUAUAACACGUUGUCAACCAGUAUAAGGCGCUGUCAGUCUAUAUAACACGUUGUCAACCAGUAUAAGGCGUUGUCAGUCGCUAUAACACGUUGUCAACCAGUAUAAGGAGCUGUCAGUCUUUAUAACACGUUGUCAACCAGUGUAAGGCGCUGUCAGUCGCUAUAACACGUUGUCAACCAGUAUAAGACGCUGUCAGUCUUUAUAACACGUUGUCAACCAGUAUAAGGCGCUGUCAGUUGCUAUAACACGUUGUCAACCAGUAUGAGGCGCUGUCAAUCGCUAUAACACGUUGUCAACCAGUAUAAGGCGCUGUCAGUCUAUAUAACACGUUGUCAACCAGUAUAAGGCGUUGUUAGUCUUUAUAACACGUUGUCAACCAGUAUAAGGCAUUGUCAGUCGCUAUAACACGUUGUCAACCAGUAUAAGGCGCUGUCAGUCAUUUAAACACGUUGUCAACCAGUAUAAGGCGCUGUCAGUCUUUGAAAAGUUACAUCAAACAAAAACAGAGCAGGUGUUAUAUGAUACAUCUGGACAUUCAAGUACUUCUUAAGAUUUUACCAAGUGGCUUUUAAAUACCUGCCCUCAAUUUUGUACUUAAAAUUCUUGGCCUUAAAAAUAAUUUUAUAUCCAGAAAUACAUAGGUCAAUUAUGUCUUGUAUUAUAUUUCAUAACAUUAAAUUUUAAGAAAUAAAAUAGCAAUACACA